AUGUUCCGCCUCAUGCUCACCCACGCGAAGAAGCACCCGAGCGUGAGUCCCGGAGGGAGCGUUAUAGGCGGGGAGGGGGAGGGGUUUGUUUCCUGAGGCGAAGGGAGCGCUAUAGGCGGGGUGUGCGGGGGGGAGCCCGGUCGUAUUCUGCUCCUCUCGCCCCUCCCCCCCCCCGAGCCGCCUCCUUUUGCCCUUCUCUUCCCCUUUUAUUGCAUCCUUCUCUUUUAUUUCGAAUUUUGUUCCUCGCGCGUGGAAGAUGGCGAGACACAGACGGCAAGAAAUCCUCUCCUCCCCCCUUUUUUUAAAGGUAUGCAAAGGAAAACAAAAACAAAGAAACCCCCCACAGAUGGCAAGAAAUCCUCUUUUUUUAGGUAUGCAAAGGAAAACACAAAGAAACCCCACAGAUUGCAAGAAAUCCUCUCCCCCCCCUUUUUAAAGGUAUGCAAAGGAAAACAAAAACAAAGAAACCCCCCACAGAUGGCAAGAAAUCCUCUCCCCCCCUUUUUUUUAAAGGUAUGCAAAGGAAAACAAAAACAAAGAAACCCCCCACAGAUGGCAAGAAAUCCUCUCCCCCCCUUUUUUUUAAAGGUAUGCAAAGGAAAACAAAAUCAAAGAAACCCCCCACAGACUGCAAGAAAUCCUCUUUUUUUAGGUAUGCAAAGGAAGACAAAAACAAAGAAACCCCUCACAUUGCAACAAAUUCCCCUUUGCCUUUUUAAUUGCAUACCUAAACAGAUUGCAUACCUUAAAAAAAAGAUAGGAUUUGUUGCAAUCUGCUUUCUGUCCUCAUGCAAUUAAAAGGGCAAAGGGGAAUUUGUUUCAAUGUGGGGGGUCUUUUUUGUUUUCCUUUGCAUACCUUAAAAAAAAAGGAUUUGUUGCAACGGAACAAAAAAAUAAACAAACCCCAGGUUGCUACGAAUUCUCCUUUACUUUUAAUUACUGGAGGAAAGGAAACCGAUUGCAACAAAUCCUCUCUUGUUUUAUUUUUAGGUAUGCAAAGGGGGUGGGGAGGGAAACCCAGAUUGCAACAAAUUCUCCUUUGCUUUUAAUUAUGCGAGGAAAGGAAACAGAUUGCAACAAAUCCUAUUUUUUUUAGGCAUGCAAGGGGGGAGGGGAAGCCCCAGAUGGCAACAGAAUUCUGUUUUAUUUUUUAGUUGUGCUAGAAAGACCAAAGCAGGUUGCAACAAAUUUCGUUUUUAUUUUUAAGCAACAGCAAGUCUCCUAAACCGCCCUUCCUCUCUGCAGUGGGUGGAGAGGUAAACAUAGCAUACAAUAAGAAAUAUAAAACUUGUCAAUAAAUAAUAGGCACAGAUAAAUGAGUGAAUAGGCUUGUAUUGUAUUGUUUUAGUCUAAAGGGUUAGGAUGCCAAAAAAAAUAGGGCAAUGUCCCCUCCCCCCCUCCAAAGGUACUUUAGAAAAGAUUGGAUUUCCCUUGGUAAGAAAAUGAUAAUUUAGCUUUCUGGGCCUUGCGGAGCCUGGGAGCUGCUUCCUCUCCUUCUCUUGGCCUCUGUGAUGUUAACUCCUUUGAGCUCUUAAAAUGCCUGUGCAGACCACUUUCUCAGGCAGGUUUGCCAGCAGCGCUGUGUUUCUACUAGCACCACCUUAAUUUUGCUAACCCCCCCUGCCAAAAGAGACCCAGCAAAGAGGUUUGUGGCAGCCAUCACCAACUUGGUGCCUUCCAGAUGUUGUUGGUCCAGCUCCCAUCAUCUCUGACCAUUGGCUAUGCCGAUGGGAGUUGGCUUUCAACAACAUCUGCAUUGAUACCCUGUGAAAACGAACCUCUUUGCCUGGGAUUUUUGGGUGGGCAGGCAGGUAAUAGGAAUUUUGUUUCUGUCGCAGAUGAGAGAGAGAGUUCAUGGGGUGUGUGCUAUGCUUUUAUCUGUUUUCUACAAGCCAUGUUGAAUCGCUUUUAUUCUCUUGUGUUUUGUUCUAAUGUAACCUCCCCAGGAAUCUUUGGAAGAAAGGCAGGUUAGAAAUUCUCUCGUAAAUAAAAAUUGCAAAGGGAGACUUAAAAAAAAUUAGUUAACAACCUGGGAGCAGACUGAAGAGGCAUGUUGUCUGCCUAAAGGGUUGCUUGAGUGUGGAGGUGUGAUUCAUAGUUGACCUCUCCCACCCACACUUUGUCAUGGGAGGUCAUCCUGAUGGGGCCGCAGUAUCUUGGACAGAAAACGUGGACGCAGGUGGAUUUGAAUAUGUGCCCCUACCAGUGACAACUUUCCCUUUGCAAAUAUCUCCCCCCUGUUCUUUCCCUUCCAUAUCAUCAUCCCUUUAAGGACAUCAGGUUACCUACUUUGGGGUCUGACACAUUCCCCUUCGGUUCAAACCUGCGAUGGCGACUUAUCCUGGUAUUCAACUUCCGCUUUUGAUCUCGAAACAUUCUGUUUAUCACAGUUGAUUCCUCUGUUCAUCUUUAUUGGAAUUGGAGGGACCGGCGCGGGCCUCUACGUCAUGCGCCUUGCUCUUCGCAAUCCUGAUGUCUGGUAAGUCAGCCUUUCUUUCUUCGGCGAUCCCUCAUAGCCGAGUAAGAUUGUCUUCCCUAAACACGGUUUUAACAGUGAGUCCGUAAGUGACUGUGGAGGCCAAUUCUGGAUCCACACGUCCUUCCACAUAGGUGUCCGGGUGGGAGUUGAUCACGGAGUGGGUUUGCCAAGUGUGCCUUCCUCUUAGCACAUUUCUCCCUUGCGUCCUGAGUUCGAGCAUCUUCAAAGCCCAUGACACCUUUGGGAAAGGCUGUUCUCCAAUUGGAGCUAUCACUGGCCAGUGUUUCCCAAUUGUCAGUGUUUAUACUACAUUUUUAAAGAUUUGCCUUGAGACAGUCUUUAAACCUCUUUUGUUGACCACCAGCAUUACACUUUCCAUUUUUAAGUUCAGAAUAGAGUACAGUCAUACCUUGGGUUACAGACGCUUCAGGUUGCGUUUCUUAGGUUACUUCUGGGUUUCGGGGAUCGCGCUUUGCACAUGCGCCGAAGCGCAACCCGCGUGUGUGCAGAUGUGCUGCUGCGGGUUGCGAAUCCUGUGGGUUGCGAACGUGCAUCCCGCACAGAUCUCAUUCACAACCCAAGCGUCCACUGUAUAGUAGUUGCUUUGGGGAGCCCUUGCCAUGGUGCUGACAAUUGCCACCCCCACAAAACCAUGUCACGUGAUCGCCCCAGGUGUCCUUCACGGAUGAAUACGAGGCAGCGCUUCUGAAGGGGACCUAAGCUUGACUCCUAUCCAUGGCAGCUGCACACUGCUUUGCUUUACUCAAAAUUAACCACAGGGAUCCGUGGCCUAAGUGGAUGUGAGCUUGCUUCUUUUCAGAAGCGACACUGCCACCGAAAAGCAUCUUGGGACCCAGCGGCAGGGAUUGAUGGCAUGGCAGGGUCAGGCUGAUGACUACCCUUGCAAGCUUCUUGGGGGCAGACCUUUUGCCACUUCUUUAAGUGUUGCCAUCUUAAAGCACCACCUGAAUAAAAUAGGGCAUGCUGUGCUGCAGAGGUAGUAUAAUAAUCAAAUUUAUAUGGCUCCCAUCUGACUGGGUUGCCCCAGCCAUUCUGGGCAGCUUCCAACCAAUUAUAAAACCACAGCAAAACAUUAGCAUCAGCUUCUUAGCUUUAGAGCAAGAAAAUAAAUAAUAAUAAUAAUAAUAAUUUAUUAUUUGUACCCCGCCCAUCUGGCUGGGUUUCCCCAGCCACUCUGGGCGGCUUCCAUAGAAACCAAAAAUACACUAAAAUAUCACACAUUAAAAACUUCCCUGAACAGGGCUGCCUUAAGAUGUCUUCUGAAUGUCAGGUAGUUGUUUAUCACUUUGACAUCUGAUGGGAGGGCGUUCCACAGGGCGGGCGCCACUACCGAGAAGGCCCUCUGCCUGGUUCCCUGUAGCUUUGCUUCUCGCAAUGAGGGAACCGCCAGAAGGCCCUCGGCGCUGGACCUCAGCAUCCGGGCAGAACGAUGGGGGUGGACACGCUCCUUCAGGUAUACUGGGCCGAGGCCAUAAUAGCAUUGCCAUUCCUCAGCUGAGUUGUAUCCGAGGCAUUGCAAUGAGCAGUACAGCAUAGCUAAAAGGGUAUUUUGGAAGAGAGUACAGUGGAUGCUUGAGUUGCGAACAUGAUCUGUGCGGGAGACACAUUCGCAACCCACAGCGUUCACAACCUGCAGCGCUGUGUGUGCGCAUACGCAGGUUGCGAUUUGGUGUUUCUGCGCAUGUUAUGGUACUUCCGGGUUCGGCACAGUGCGCAACCCGAAAACACACACCCUGAAGUGUCUGUAACCCGAGGUAUGACUGUAAAUCCAAUUAACUGUGUGUGCAGAAAGCACAAAGACUAGCAGGAGCCUGCCAUGGAGAAAGUGUAGGUAAAAGGUAAAGGACCCCUGGAUGGUUAAGCCCAGUCAAAGGCGACUAUGGGGUUGUGGCGCUCAUCUCGCUUUCGCACGAGGGAGCUGGCGUUUGUCCACAGACAGCUUUCUGGGUCAUGUGGCUGCAUGACGAAACCGCAUUUGGCGCAACGGGACACCGUGACGGAAACCAGAGCGCACAGAAACGCCGUUUACCUUCCUGCCACAGUGGGACCUAUUUAUCUACUUGCACUGGCAUGCUUUCGAACUGCUAGGUUGGCAGGAGCUGGGACCGAACAACGGGAGCUCACCACCGUCACGUGGAUGCGAAGCGCUGACCUUCCGAUCGGCAAGCCCAAGAGGCUCAGUGGUUUAACCCACAGCGCCACCCGCGUCCCAGAAGUGUAGGAUUGGGUUGCCAAACACACCAAAACGGAACCGGCUGUGCAUUCACAUAAUUCUCUUCUGUAUUUUAUCACAGUAUCAAAUACAUCUCUUGAACAUAAUCAACAUAUAAAGUACGACAAUGUAAACAGAAGUCCCAAUAGAUCAGUUCAUUCAUAGAGUCCAAAUAUCUGCUAGUUUCUGUACCACGUAUGUCUUUGUAUGUUCAUAAAAUGGAAAUGGGAACUUAUUACAGUUCCACAGAAUCUUGACAAGGAUUUCCGGAAUAAUGCCUUGUUUCGCCUCCUGGGCUUCAUCAGUUGUACAUGUUCAUAUGUGGUAUAUCAAGAUACAGUAGACGCUCGGGUUGCAAACAUGAUCCGUGCGGGAAGCACGUUCGCAACCCACAGCGCCGCGUCUGCACAUGGGGCUUCUGCGCAUGCACAAAGAGCAAUUUAGCAUUUCUGCACAUGUGCGAGCGCCGAAACCCAGAAGUAACCCGUUCCGGUACUUCCGGGUUUCGGCGCGUCCAUAUCCCGAAAACCCGCAACCUGAAGCGUCUGUAACCUGAGGUAUGACUGUAAUGGAACUUUUGACAUGGUGGCUUCGUGGUGCUUUAAAGCCAGUUAAGGAGGGAUGCGGGUGGCGCUGUGGGUUAAACCACAGAGUCUAGGGCUUGCCGAUUAGAAGGUAGGCGGUUCGAAUCCCCGUGACGGGGUGAGCUCCCGUUGCUCGGUCCCAGCUACUGCCAACCUAGCAGUUCAAAAGCACCUCAGAGUGCAAGUAGAUAAAUAGGUACCGCUCCAGCGGGAAGGUAAACGGCGUUUCCGUGCGCUGCUCUGGUUCGCCAGAAGUGGCUUAGUCAUGCUGGCCACAUGACCUGGAAGCUGUACGCCAGCUCCCUUGGCCAAUAAAGCGAAAUGAGCGCUGCAACCCCAGAGUCGGUCACGACUGGACCUAAUGGUCAGUGGUCCCUUUACCUUUACCUUAAAGGGGUUUUACUAAUACUUGUGAUAUGGUGGGCUUUUUUUUUACAUCCCACAUUAUAAAAGAAGUGUGCGCUUCUGGUGGCAUUGAGGAGGCCAUGAUCAUUAAAUUGGUGAGAACCUUGUGCCAACAGUUGGGUAGAGUGGUUAUGCUUCAUGCUUUAGGUUUUUCUCCUUCUUACAAAGAUGUACUGACUGCUGUCUUCCUCUUGUCACGUUUCUCUGCCUAGCUGGGACAAAAAGAACAACCCGGAGCCUUGGAACAAGCUGGGACCCAAUGACCAGUACAAGGUAUGGUACAAAAUACCUAACUAGGGUUAUAGAGUGCUGGUUAUCCUAUAGGCCAGGAAUGGGGAGUCUGGUGUCCAGCAGAGGUUGCUGGACUCCAAGUCCCAUCAGCCCCAUCCAUUGAUUAGGAAUGAUGGGAGUAGAAAUCCAACUCAGAUAUUUAAGCUAAUCACUAAAUAGCACUUAAACCUAGGUUAUGGUUGCCACAACAAAAUGUUGAGGCACCAUUUUUUCUUGGUGACAUUUAAUAUAACCAGUGAACCUCCUUGAGAUCUAUGGAUGAUGAUGAUGAUGAUAGUUUUUUAUUUAUACCCCACCCUUCCCGGUUCAAAAACCGGGCUCAGGGCGGCUAACAACAAAUUUAAAACACUUAAUUAUAAAAGCAGCAUAAAAUACAGUGUAAAAACAUGAAUAACAGUAAAAUUCAAAAAUCAAUUUAGGGGAAAUAAGCAUUAGAUAAUCCCCAGGGCUAGCUGGCAGAAUUGGUCCUACUUGGGCCAGCGAGGCGGCCAGGGGAGAAUUAGCUGUGGGGUCUCAGAGCCGAUAAUAUUCAUAAAAGGGGAAGGGAUGGGAAGGGAAAUAAAAGAUCAGGCUGAAUUCAGAUUAAAGGCCAGGUGGAAUAGCUCUGUCUUACAGGCCCGACGGAAGUUAAAUCCUGAAGGGCCCUGGUCUCAUGGGACAGAGCAUUCCACCAGGUCGGAGCCAUCACUGAAAAGGCCCUGGUGGAGGAUAGUCUGACUUCCUUAGGGCCCGGGACCUCUAAACUAUGGUUGUUCAGGGAUGAAAGGCGGUUAAUAAUAAUAAUAAUAAUAAUAAUGUGUGAUUACAGUAUUUCAGGGGGUUGGAAUAGAUGACCCUCGGGUCCCUUCUGUGAUUCUUCACUCUCCCCUCCGGUUCAAUCUUCUCAACUCUGCAUGAUAAAUCCCUGAGUUGCUGCCAUUGACCCGUGAUUCUGCCUGCAAAAUUGCUUUUAAGCCCAUUAAAGUUGAAUGAUUAGAGAUCUUUUCCUCCUACUGAAUCAAUGGGGUAUAAUUUCAGUGUCUGCGCAACAGAAGAAUUGUGAUAUUAACUGCCUGUUUAGGGCUCCUAGGCACUUGCCCAGUUUCUUGCAGUUCAGCUCUGAAAAUACUUCCUUGUGCCUUGCUCUUUCUUGCCUAAGGCAAUUAUUUCUGGGUAGCGUGGAAUCUGCUUGCCCCUUGUAGUACAUUCUGCCUGCCCUUGCACAACUGUGUGAUAUUUAAGGCAUCCCAACUCUUGUCUGCCAAAGAGAGCAGAAAGCUCUGUUUCUCCCAUAUUUGGCUUUGUAUAAAAGCCGUUGUCCGGCUGUGUUGCUAAAAGAGGCCAGAGGCAUGUGAAAAUGAGAACACUUUGAGAACCGGUGCUUUAAAUAACUUGAGAUGUUUAGUGUUGCGUUCUAAACAAAACGUACAAACCCUUGCAAUGUAAACGUUACUCAGAGAUCCAGGAAAGGCAACCAGCAGCCUGGAAAAUAAAUCUCACUGUGAUGAUGUGUUCAUGCAUUCUGAAUAAGGAUGCAACAUUUAGCUGAUAAAUAUUUAAGCAGGUGCUCCUGAUUUAAUUUAAAAACCAAUUAACUAUAAAAGGCUUUAUCACCUGCAGGUGGUAAGUCUCACCUUUGAGUGAGAAGGGAAAAUGGCUUUGUUAAAGGGCUCUCUCCAACAACAGUGGCAUGCAUUAUUUAAACACCAAUCUGUUUCUUAAACUUCUAUUUAUAUGCAGAUGUAUACAGAUUUGCUUAAAACUCGUAAUAUGCUGCAAAUUUAGUGGGUUAAACUGGCUGCCAGCCCUAUAACUUCAACUGAUCAUAAUAUAGUGAUCCAAAAGUCUUGGCAUAUCUGCAGAUUGUCUGCAAUCUGGAAAACAGGGCAACUAAGACCAUGUACAUUUCUGGCCUCCUACUGUCAGAGGAGAUUACUAUUUAUUCUGCAAAACUGUGAAACUUAAGGGUUGCAUUCUGGGCUACUUCACAACCCCCAGCAGAUGAUUUUCAGGGGGGGGGGGCCCAGGUGCAGUGAGUAAGAAAGUGAAAACAAGGUCUUGCAUAAUGUCACCAUUUGGGUACAACUUGAACUGCUAAAAGGUUUAAAGGCUUGUUCUAGGAGUUCAAAAACUUUUGAUGCAAUCCAGAGGAGAAUUAAGCCUUUCUUGAGUCCUCUGAAAUAAAAUAAAAUAAAAACGGAGUGCUACGUUCUAGGCUUUCACAAAAUCUUCUUUCACCAUUUUGUGAUCUACAGCUCUCAAACGACUUGAGACCUAAAGAAAAACAGAAGCUUUGUUUGGGCUUCAGGGUUUAUAUACUCAAUGACCGGUCUUUCAAAUACAGUGGUAUCUCAGAAGUCGAACGGAAUCUGCUCUGGAAGUCCGUUCAACUUCCAAAAUGUUCAGAAACCAAGGCGCCGCUUCCAAUUGGCUGCAGGAAGCUGCUGCAGCCAAUCGGAAACCACAGACGUUGCGUCGGACAUUUGGGUUCCAAAGAAUGUUCGCAAACUGGAACACUCACUUCCGGGUUUGCGGCAUUCAGGAGCCAAAACGUUUGACUCGCAAGGCGUUUGGGAUCCAAGGUAAGUGGAAAUGAAUCAGCUGGUUGCAAUGGUGAAAUUAUGGUGGCGCCGUCACUCUGUAAUGGCAGUGCUGAAGUUGUAAGUCAGAUAUCCUAUUUAUAGCCAAGGAGUGGAUCCAAGGGGAGACUGUUCCCCCAAGGCCCUAUCUUCCAGAUAACAGUGACCUAAGGUUUUCCAGUAAAACAUGAAAUGGUGCACACGCUACAUCUUGUUAGUGUGCUUCGUUCAUAACUUUUCUCCUAGUUAAAUCAAUAAUAAUACUUUUAUUACUUAUACCCUGCCCAUCUGGCUGGAUUUCCCCAGCCGCUAUGGGCGGCUUCCAGCAAAAUAUAAAAAAUAAUGUCAAACAUUAAAAACUUACUGAUACAGGGCUGCCUUCAGAUGUCUUCUAAAAGUUGUGUUGUUCUUUAUCUCCUUGACAUCUGAUGGGAGGGCAUUCCACAGGGUGGGCGCCACCACCGAGAAGGCCCUCUGCCUGGUUCCCUGUAACCUCACUUCUUGCAAUGAGGGAACCGCUAGAAGGCCCUCGGCACUGGACCUCAGUGUCCGGGCAGAACGAUGGGGGUGGAGACGCUCCUUCAGGUAUACUGGGCCAUUUAGGGCUUGAAAGGUCAGCACCAGCACUUUGAAUUGUGCUCGGAAAUGUACUGGGAGCCAAUGUUUCAGGACCAGUGUUAUAUGGUCUCGGCGGCCACUUCUUGUUACCAGUCUAGCUGCUGCAUUCUGGAUUAAUUGUAGUUUCCGAGUCACCUUCAAAGGUAGCCCCACGUAGAGCGCAUGGCAGUAGUCCAAGUGGGAGGUAACCCUUUGUACGGAUAGGAUUUUCAUCCUAACAGCUGUGCUUCCCUCUUCCAGUUCUAUGCGGUGAACGUGGACUACGAUAAGCUGAAAAAGGAUCGCCCAGAUUUCUGA